AAAAGUUUGAUGUCUGCAGACUUUACCUCAAUAAAUACCCGUGUCACCGAUUCAACACCUUAAGACGGCAAAACAAAACAAACAUGGCUGUCAGACUCUGCGAUGUGGCUUCUCUGCUUAGAAGUGGUUCGUGGGCACCUGAGCCCUGGACUGGGCAGGUAAUUGCUGCCAUGGAAACACAGCUGUCCAAUGGGCCAACUUGCAACAACACGAGCAACGGGCCUUCAACAAUCUCAAACAACUGCUCCUCACCUGUAGAGUCAGGGAGCAUAGAGGACAGUAAAACUAACUUGAUAGUCAACUACCUGCCUCAGAAUAUGACCCAGGAGGAGUUGAAGAGUUUGUUUGGGAGCAUCGGAGAAAUUGAGUCCUGUAAACUAGUUCGAGACAAAAUAACAGGGCAGAGCCUAGGCUAUGGAUUUGUGAAUUAUGUGGACCCGAAGGAUGCCGAAAAAGCCAUCAAUACCUUAAAUGGCUUGAGACUGCAGACUAAAACUAUCAAGGUUUCCUUUGCGCGUCCAAGCUCCGCCUCCAUCAGAGAUGCAAAUUUGUACGUCAGUGGCUUGCCAAAAACCAUGACUCAGAAAGAACUGGAGCAGCUCUUCUCUCAGUAUGGACGCAUCAUUACCUCACGCAUUCUGGUGGACCAGGUGACUGGCGUUUCCAGAGGGGUUGGCUUCAUUCGUUUUGAUCGGCGAGUUGAGGCUGAGGAGGCCAUCAAGGGUCUUAACUGCCAGAAGCCGCCUGGUGCCACUGAACCCAUUACAGUCAAGUUUGCGAACAACCCGAGCCAGAAGACCAGCCAGGCACUUCUGUCCCAGCUGUAUCAGUCACCCAAUCGAAGGUACCCAGGACCCCUCGCACAGCAGGCACAACGCUUCAGGUUGGACAAUCUGCUGAACAUGGCCUAUGGAGUGAAAAGCCGGUUCUCACCCAUGGCCAUUGACGGGGUGACCAGCCUGGCCGGCAUCAACAUCCCGGGGCAUGCAGGCACUGGCUGGUGUAUCUUCGUCUACAACCUGGCUCCAGAUGCAGAUGAGAGCAUCCUUUGGCAGAUGUUUGGGCCGUUUGGUGCCGUCACAAACGUCAAGGUUAUUCGCGACUUUAACACAAACAAGUGCAAAGGAUUUGGUUUUGUCACCAUGACUAACUACGACGAGGCAGCCGUGGCCAUCGCCAGCUUGAAUGGAUACCGCCUCGGAGACAGAGUGCUGCAAGUCUCGUUCAAAACCAACAAAACACACAAAGCCUAA